CAACAGCUGCCACCGCUGCCCCAACAACAGCUUCCACCGCUGCCCCAACUACAGCCCCAACAACAGCUGCCACCGCUGCCCCAAAGACCGCUGCCCCAACAACAGCAACAACAGCUGCAACCCCUGCCCCAACUACAGCUGCCCCAACUAAAGCUGCCACAUUUGCCCCAACUACAGCUGCCACCGCUGCCCCAACGACAGCUGCAACAGCUGCCCCAACUACAGCUGCAACCACUGCCCGAACAACAGCUGCAAUACUGCCACCUCUGCCCCGACGACAGCUGCAACACCUGCCCCGACGACAGCUGCAACACCUGCCCCAACAAUAGCUGCCACCGCUGCCCCAUCCACAGCUGCAGCCGCUGCCCCAACGACAGCUGCAACAGUUGCCCCAACGACAGUUGUGACUAA